AUGCCAUUCAAAGAGCACGAUCGCCAGUAUGAUUUGGUUGUCUUUGGAGCCACGGGAUAUACCGGUCGCCUGGCGGCUGAGUACAUUACUGCCAACUUCCCAGUCAAUCUGAAAUGGGCCAUUGCUGGUCGUUCUGAGUCAAAGCUCCAAGCAAUCGUUGAUGAUUGCAAGAAGCUGAACUCGGACAGGAAUCCUCCAGCAAUUGAGACGGCGGGAGUGGAUAGCUACGACGAAAUGAGUGCGCUGGCGAACAAGACAUUUGUCAUGAUUACGACUGUCGGCCCGUAUACCGCUCAUGGAGAGUAUGCAGUGAAAGCAUGCGCUGAAGCCGGUACACAUUACUUUGAUGUAACCGGUGAGACGCCAUGGGUCUAUAGAAUGAUUAAGAAGUAUGAAAAGACUGCUAAAGAGAGCGGUGCUAUUCUCAUCCCCCAGAUGGGAUUGGAGUCUGCUCCAGCAGAUCUGUGCACCUGGUCUUUGGCUCAAACACUCCGGAAGCAGCUGAGUGCUAAGACAAGAGAUGUUAUUAUUUCGAUUUACAAUCUGCGAGCGGCUCCCUCUGGAGGCACCGUUUCAACUGUUCUCACCAUCUUCGAUCAUUUCACCCUGAGUGAGCUGGCAGAGUCUGGAAAACCAUUUGCUCUAUCCCCUAUAUUUGGCGUCCACUAUGUGCCUAAUCUUGGGACCGUCACCACGGCCUUUACUAGUUCUGCCGACCAAGGAUUAGUAGAACGCUCAUGGGGACUUUUAUCAGAGAUCCCUAGCCGGAAGGACGAGUUCUACGGGCCAAAUUUCCAUUGGGCAGAAUGCUACAGGCCUCGCAAUUGGCUGUAUGGAGUCAUCGUCCAUUGGAUAAUCGUCAUUGGCGUGUUUCUCAUUGCUACUGGAAAACCUGUCAGGACACUGUUCCGAAAUUUUGUUCCGGCACCGGGUACAGGACCCUCCAAGGGUGAAAUGGAGAAAGAGGAGGUUGAAUGGCGUGGCAUUGCAAAUCCUGAUACGGAGUUGCCUGCUGAUAGGCAAGCCUUUUGCCGAGCUUGGUAUUAUGGUAGCAUGUACUCGUUGACGGCAAUGUUAUGUUCCGAGGCUGCUCGAACAGUCUUGGAGGAUGAUCUUGAGCUCGAUGGAGGCUUCUAUACACCGUGUUGUCUUGGGCAGGGCAUUGUUGACCGAGCUCAUAACGGAGGCUUCAAGAUGGAGACGCGAAUCCAGUACAAAUGA